GUCUUUGCUGAGCACACCCUGGCACUCUCCCAGCAGAGCCAUCUUAGGCAGACGGAGAGUGCCUUUUCUCAAGGAAGCUAAUAAAGAAAACUUUCUUUUUGCUAAUAUCUCUGAGUCUCCGAUUUAUUGGUAAGGGUGUCUGUACCCCACACAAGACCAUGUUCAGAAAAGAAUCAAAGUGGGUAGAAUCAGAGUUCCUUUACCAUUCUGUUGUUGAUUGCUUUUAAACAAUCAACCUGAGGACUGCAGAAGGAAGGUGAAUCCCAAAGUGUUCCCAGAAAGAGGAAACUUGUUUUGAAAUCAGAAAGCAACCUAAGCCUCCGUCCUGCCUGACCGGUUGGGGCUGUAUCUCCACCAUGGCUGGGCUGCUGCUCUGGGUCAGGCGGCUCUGGGCCUUGGUGCAGGUGGCCUGCCAUGUGGUGGUGGGGAAGCUGCUGAAGACCCUUUUCCCGGACAUGACGAAGAAACACAUCCUGAGCCUGGGCCAAAGGAGUAGCAUUAGUCAGAACACUCAGUUUGUGUAUGAGAACUGGGGCCCGACGUUCUUCAGCCUCCAGUACUUCUUCUUUGUCCUGAAGGUGCGGUGGCAGCGGCUGGAGGACCAGGCGCUACCGGGGGGCCUGGCCCCCAACUCUCCUGUGGUCACCCUCAAGGGGGAGAGUCACCACAUCUGGGACUUCAUGCAUGGCAGCAGGCCUUUGGUGUUGAAUUUUGGAAGCUGCACCUGACCCUCAUUUAUCCUCAAAUUCGACCAGUUCCAGAAACUCAUUGAAGACUUCAGCUCGAUAGCAGAUUUUCUCAUCAUUUACAUUGAAGAAGCUCAUGCCACAGAUGGCUGGGCUUUUGCAAACAAUAUAGACAUUAAACAGCAUCGCACCCUCCAAAAUCGCAUGGAGGCUGCCCAGCUAUUAAUGGACAGGAAGCCACUGUGCCCCAUUGUUUUAGACACCAUGGACAACCAGACCAGCAAGAAAUAUGCUGCACUCCCAGAGCGCUUCUAUGUUCUCCUGGAAGGGAAGAUCCUCUUCAAGGGUGACCCAGGCCCUUGGAAUUACCACCCAGAAGAAGUCCGGGCUGUCCUGGAAAAGUUCAGCCGAUAAACCACAAGGAAGUUCUGCAUUUCCAGUGGCAGAGGAAAUUAAGGCUUCUCGCCUCCCCCAUGCGCCAGAUACCUGCUGGGCUGGAAGGCGCUUGGAUCAUUGGCUCCCAAGGUCCUCAUCUCAGACGCUGAGUCGGCUCAGCUUGCUUGGUUACUCCCAAGUUCAUUUAAGAAAAAUCUGCUUUUCUGAUGUCUUUGCAAGCCUUCUAAUCAUCACGUGCGGCGGAUUCUGUCCGGUUUUGGAAGGAUCCGGUAGGUACGUCCCUGUGUGUUUCAGUCCUGCUUCUGUGAAUAUUUAUUUAUGAGAGUCAUAGCCUAAAGCUCAGGCCAGCUGGGACUCGAUGUGAGAAAAUGUUUGUAAGAGGCAGUUGAGUGCACAUGGAAAUGAUUAAAAAGAUCUAACGAUA